AUGGAAGUCCCGAUGGGCUGUUUUACCAAAAUCCCAAUGGAGAUCCUCCUCGAAAUAGCUAGUUUACUGGACAUCAAGUGCCUCAGCAACUUAUUAGCGGCAAAUGAGGACAUUGCAGCUCAUUGUCUCCAUCUAGUAACGCUGCCACGUCUUGUACAUGUUAUUCAACAGAUCGACAUUGACAGCCUCAUGAACCUCCUGAUAGUCGGGAUAGAGCCUAACACCACUGACAGCGAAGGGAACACGUUACUCGCUAUUGCCAUGAAGAGGUCAGAAACUGUCGAGGAGAACGUGCCCCAGAAUGGGGAGGAACGUGCAAAAGAGAAGCCUAGACAGUCUGAUAAAUUACCCGAACUGAUCGCGCUCCUACUACUGUGUGACGCUGAUCCAAAAUUACCAAACCGGUAUAACAGGCUGCCUCUCGAUUUUGCUAGUUUGGAGAUUCUCAAGAAUAGAGAAUUAUGCGCCGCUCUAUACGAAGAAGGGGCCAGGGUCACUGACCUUGCUACUGUUGGGCGCAUAUAUGAAUUCUACGAGGAGGCUUCUACAAAGACAUGA